UCCGUCCUUCCAUGCCUGCAUCCACGUUGCCUGCCACAUUGUGCGUGUGACAUAGCGGAAAAGUGAGGGCCUCCGUCUCUUUCUCUGUAUCCAUCUGUGUCCAUCUGUGUCCAUCUGUGUCCAUCUGUGUCCAUCUGUGUCCAUCUGUGUGGUGUCUGUCUCUUGAAAGGCCGUUUGUUAAGUGAGAAGACCCUUGCUUCCUUCCUUGGACACGUGUUGGUGUGGCUUAGUGAAAUUGAGGUGUAACGGAGGUCGACCCUGGGGUACGACGCCUUGGUCCUGCUACUCCCGGGUACUAUGCGCGGGUUCAUAGGCGGUCCCAGACUGGGCUGGGUGCUAGUGUGUCUGCUGAGCUGGUGUGCGGGUACCUGGGCUUUCGAUGAUGCCGAAUUGGACGUGUUCGAUUUGGUGGAAGAGGUCAACGCCAAUUUCUACGAGUUCAUGGGCGUGAGCCCCGAGGUGAGCCCGUCGGAACUGCGCAAGGCCUACCGGAACCUCUCGCUCAAGCUCCACCCGGACAAGAAUCCGGCUGAGGAUGCCGAGACGCAGUUCCGCUUCUUGGUGGCCAUCUACGAAGUGCUCAAGGAUGCCGUCAAACGCGAGAUCUACGAUCGGGUCUUGGUCGAGGGCUUGCCCGAUUGGCGCAUGCCCAUCUAUUACUAUCGUCGCAUGCGCAAGAUGGGCUUGGCCGAGGGCGUGGCCUACCUGCUGAUCAUCGUCACCAUCUGCCAGUACUUUGUCAACUGGGCCGCUUAUUGGGAGCGGAAGUUCACCUUGCAGGAGCAGUUGAACGUGUAUUCCAAGCGGCUGGCCAAGAAGGCCGGCAAAAAGGGCGGGAAUGGCCAGAUUCCCGAAGAGGUGGCGGCCAACUUGGCCCGCGAGGAAAUGGAUCUGUUGGGACCCAAGCCCACCUGCUACGAUACCUUGCCUUUCCAAUCGUAUCGGGGGUUGAAGGCCUUGGCCCUGGCCUUACCCGGACUGCCGGGGGCCGUGAUAGCUGCCUAUCAAGCCCGACAGGCUGAACAACGCCAAGCUCUCCAAGACCGGGAAGCUGAGAUCGAAGAGCGGGCUCAACGGGAAGCCGACAAGAAGGAGCGCAAGGAGCGGAACAAGCGCCGCAAACGCGUGGACCAGUUUCAAGACCGCACCCCCGAUCGACCACGGAAAAUAUCCACCCCAGGGCAAGAGGAUGGCCCGCCCAGCGUGGAUGCCUUCCAACAACCGGCCAAUGCGUUACAAAUCUGGACCGACCAAGACUUGGCUCGAUUGGCCCGACUGAUCAAGAAGUAUCCCCCGGGCACGCCCGAUCGAUGGGAAAAGAUUGCCGAGAUCAUUGAGCGAUUGCCCUGGGAGGUGACGAAAAUGUCCAAGAAUCUCAAAGACAUUGGGUUUCAGGUGCCUAUUUCCAAGGCCUCCCAAGGUGUGACGGGCCUCGAAGGUGAGAAACUUGUGGCGGAUAACGUGAUGGAGUACAACAACUUGAAUGGAGCCGACGAAGAUGAAUCCGAAUCAUCGGCAACUGAGGAGGAGGACGAAGACGAGGAAUAUGGCGUGUAUCAGUGUGUGUCCAUCGACGACUAUCAGCCCGUCGAGAUCAAAACCAAGGCCAAGACCAAAGGCGGGAAACUCGGCCAGCCCCAUCUUACGAACAACAACGACACGAGUGCCGUGGCUUGCACGGAAGAAUGGGCACAAGAUAGCCAGAAGGCCUUGGAAGCCGCCCUCAUCAAGUUUCCCAAAGGCACAGUCGAACGUUGGGAUCGGAUCGCAUCCAAAGUGCCCGGGAAAUCCAAAGAAGAGUGCAUGCUGCGGUUCAAACAUUUAGCCGAAUUGGUGAAAAAGCGCCGACAAGAACAGAAUCAAGAGGAAGGAAGCUCAAACCCGACCGCUGAGGAAUAGUCAGUCGGCCUGGUUGAUAUACAGAUUCAUAAGACAUAUACAUCCUUUCAUAUAUAGUAUAUCUACAUCAUGAUCAUCUUUCAUCGUUGAUACCAACGUCUUCCCGAAAGGACGAUUUUUACGGCUUUUCCAUUGUUUAACUCCAGAUUCAUUCAGCGAGCGUGGAACAAGGUUCUGGUCACAAAUACCUACAAACAUUCAUACAUGCAUGCACCCAACUGAUAACGUCAGUUACUGAGCACACGCCUGUGAUGCCUUCAUCACCAGGUUGACACAAGGAAACAAGUGUUGACUAAUGGAAUCGACAAUGUAGAAUUCAUCGUCGCUCUCUCGCUUCAACGUGUCCACUUGUGCGAGCAUCAUCAUCAUCACCUGAACUUGCAAUUACGGAGCCAUGUUCUGAACACCCUCCCAAAGAAUUUUGCCCAUCCUCCCCGGAUCAUGAUCAAAUUUGACCGUCAUUCUGGCGAUAGGUUUUUUUUUAUUCUUAUGUACUCGCCAAACAUCAUGCUAAUAAAACAAACGCAACUGAUCGUGCAA